GGGGCCCGCUCAGUGGACUUCUAGACGACGGAGAAACCGCAUCUGAUCCGAGAGAAUUACCAUACAGCGCAGUGAUCUGAGAGAAGCAACAGUGAUCUCACUAGCUUCAUCGGUAUUCAGAGAGUCGACGAAUACUAAAAACAAGUUUUGCGUCAGCUCGCUCUCCCUUUUAGGCGGCUCUCGAGGAAUUUAAGGUGUCCCAGACCGAGUAAUCCGAGGACCAUAAUCCGCCAUGUCGUCCACGUCGUGUGUGAAGCUGGUUGUCUACGCCCUGGACGUACUUUGCACGUUGCUGGCUUUGGUGCUGAUAUCCUUUGGUAUUUAUGUGGUGGUGUCUUAUGACCUGAACGAAAUCGGAGCUCUAUCGGCCUACGGCUACGUGGGACUCGGAGUGGCUGCCCUAUUGGUGGUGCUUUGGGGAUACCUAUCCGCCUGGCGGGAGAAUGUCUGUUGCACAGUUACAUUCAUUGUAUUCCUCUGCCUGGUUAUCAUUGCUCAGUUCGCCGUUGUUUAUUUGAUGAUUAGCCAGGAGAAGACAAUCGCAUCUAACUUGGCCAAUGCCCUGGAAGCAACAUGGGAGGAGGAGUUGAGCAGUCCCGGAGCUAUGUCUCUCUACCAGAACUGGUUCCAAUGCUGUGGCCGAGGUAGUCCCCAGGAUUACAUUGUCAACGAGCGCCUGCCACCGGAUACCUGUUUCAAGAACCAUGACAAGAGCAAGGUCGAGAAUCUGAUCCACGUCGGAUGCCGAGUGCAGUUCGAAAACUACUGGCUGCACUUGACCCACAUCUUCAAUAUUCUGGCCCUCGUGCUGAUUGGAAUAGAGCUCCUGCUGAGUGUCGUCUCUUGCCGCCUGUGCAACAGCAUUCGCAACGAUGCUCGUCGUUCUUACUUCUAAAAAGGGAAAGCCCCAAAUAGAUUACAGGAUUACCAGUCAACUUGUUAAAUUUGUGAAAAAUUAUUAUUAAUACUACACUGCAACAUUAUUCAAUCCAAUCGGCGUCAUCGGAACUUUAAUGUUAGAUUUUUUAAAUUCAAACUCAUUUGGUACCAGCACUAAACGAUUACGUUCAACCCCACUCAAAAGUCGAUUUCAGUGCAAGUGCUGACCACUCACAAAUAAUAUUAAGAGAAAGUAAAAUAGUUUUAAUAUAAUUUAUUAAAAGAUAUAACUAAAUAAAUGUAUUGAACCAAAGUCAAGCAGCAA